ACGGACAGGAACCGGCUCCCUCUCCAUGGAGUCACCGUGUCCGUGUGCAGUGGGAAGAAGCAUCUCAUCUCUCCCACCGGAAACCCUCUUCCUCUUCCUCUCAGCUUCUCCGGAAACCUAUUUCUCAUAACAAAGAAUUUUCGCUCAAGCUUCUUCUCUGCUCAAGAAGAUCCAGUUUUCGAGGUAACAUACUUAUCUGAUUGCGUUCAUUCAAAUUUACUUUCACGGCAACUAAAAUUUCUUCCAUCUUCUUCUUCUUCAGAGCAAAUUACCGCUGCCGCUUCCUCAUCUUUCCUUAUUUUCUCGGGCAAGACACAGAGAUAGAGGAUAAUAACGUUUCCUUAGCGGAUUUUCUUCUCCGAUAGUAGCAAUUUCUCCCCAAAUCGAAAGGAGCCUACCAACCGUAGAGACGAGAGCUAUUUUCUUUUGGAUGACCGAAGUGGAGUUCUGAAAUUAUUGGUGUUGAAUUUUCCGAAUAGAGCGAAAAUGGCGGAAAAUUCGUCCUCAUCCCCGAAACCAAUGCAAUCAGGGAACCAAGUUAUGGAGGCGUCGAACACGCAGUUACAAACGGUCGCUGCGGCGACCGGGGCGGCUAUGCCCUCGCCGUCAAAUUCAAUUUCCCACUCGCCUUCCGUUGACCUUCCGCAAAUCCCCAUGACUCCUUCACAACAACAGCCACAGAUGCUUCAGCAACAACAGCAGCAGCAGAGUAGUAAUAGCAACAACAAUAACAAUUGUAGCAGUAACAACAAUAAUAUGAUGGCGGCUGCCAUGGCGUCUAAUUUUCAGAUGCAGCAAAGCUUGCAGAGAUCGCCCUCAAUGUCGAGGUUGAGUCAAGUACAGCAACAACAGCAGCAGCAGUUUGGUAUGACAAGACAGCAAAUGGCUGCUGGGCUUUACGGGCAGAUGAAUUUUGGUGGUGGCGGGGUUGGUGUACCUCAGCAACAGCAGCAGCAGCAGCAACCACAACAGCAGCAGCAGAAUCCCCAACAGCAACAAAUGGGGCAGAUGGUUGGCGGUGGGAAUUUAUCUAGAUCAGCAUUGAUAGGACAGACCGGGCAACUCUCCAUGUUACCUGGACAAAAUGUCAUGGCUGCUGCGACUGCUCAGUUUAAUUUGCAGUCUCAAUUUUUGUCUGCGCCUCGGCCGAAGACUGGUUUGGUGCAGAGCUCCCAUGGGCAGCCAUUGCAGGGAAUUCAGGCAAUGGGGAUGAUGGGAUCUCUAAAUUUGAGCUCUCAACUUAGAGCCAAUGGAUCCCUUUAUGCCCAGCAAAGGCACCUGAGGCAGCAAGUGUCUCAGCAAACUCCGCUCACCUCCAAUCAGACAUUACAGGCACAGAACCUUCAAAGGACGUCAUUUAUGAAUUCUCAGUUAUCUGGAUUGACUCCAAAUGUUCAAUCAGCUAUGAUACAGAACACUUUAGCUCAGCAGCAGUGGUUAAAGCAAAUGCCUACAUUAUCUUCUUCACCAAAUUCCCCUUCAUUCCGUCUUCAGCAGCAGAGGCAAUUACUUAUUCAACAGCAAUUAGCUUCAAAUCAACAGUUGCAACAAAAUUCAAUGGCUUUGAACCAACAACAGUUAUCCCAAAUUGUACAGCAGCAACAAAUGGGGCAUCCCCAGAUGCAGCAGCAGCAGCAGCAGGCACCACCAGCACCAAUGCAGCAACAGUCGCAGCCAGCAGACCAGCAGCAACAACAGCCUGGACAGCAGCUUUUGCAUCAACAGCAGCAGUCUUCUCCGCAUAUGGCUGCCCCCACUUGCCAAAAAUCAAUGAGUUUAACUGGAUCACAACCAGAUGCUACUGCAUCUGGAGCCACUACUCCUGGGGGAAGCUCAAGCCAGGGAACUGAAGCAAGCAACCAACUUCUUGGGAAGAGAAAAAUACAGGAUCUAGUUUCACAGGUGGAUUCUCUGGGUAAGCUUGAUCCUGAUGUUGAAGAUCUUCUUUUAGAGAUGGCUGAUGACUUCAUUGAUUCAGUUACUACAUUCGCUUGCAAUUUGGCGAAGCAUAGAAAAUCAUCAACCCUGGAAUCAAAGGAUGUAUUGUUGCAUCUAGAAAAGAACUGGCACUUGACAAUUCCAGGCUUCUCAAGUGAGGAGAGGAAACAGCAAUCAGAGCAUCCAUCAAGUGAUAUCCACAAAAAGCGCUUGGAUAUGAUACGCUCAUUGAUGGAAGCUUCACAUGCUGAAACAAGCACAAGUGCAAAUAAUGCUAAGCAGAUGGUUAGACAGGGGAUGGGUGACCAUAUUGGUCAAAACCCCAUGAUAAGAGCUCCAAAUUCGGAGCAGCUGGUUUCACAGGCUAAUGCUUCUAAGAUGUUGCAACAACUGACAAGGUUUUGAUGCACAUCUUUAUUGGACUCCCUAUUGAGGAACUUGUAGCUCCUUUGUCUAAUUGUCUUGAAUGGAUGAUUCACCUACAAAAUUUUUCAACAUCAUACCUCUAAUCCAUGUUACAGGUUAUAGUCACAAAAGCAGAAAUUCUUCAGCUGACCAAAGUGCUAGCAAGUUGGAACACUUGAAGCAUGUUUGUGAAGUCCUUGUGUUAUCAAGUGGUGGCAAAUUUCUCAGUUUCUGUAAGUUAACAUGUCUUCUGCAGAAUGUAAAAUUUUGGUCAGUUAUAUAUAUAUAUA